AUGGAUCUGUGCAACUGUGACGUGAUAAGUGACGUCUACAAUCUGAUCAAGCUGGGCGAAUAUCGGACCACCACAAGUCUGGAUGACUGCCUGCAGCAGUAUGUGAAGAGCUUUGAGCGGGAGCAGAUGGGGGGAGAGCAGCUGUUGCACAUCACACAUCAGGAGCUGGAGGAGUUGGGAGUGACAAGGAUAGGACACCAGGAGCUCAUUCUGGAGGCUGUGGACCUGCUCUGUGCCCUGAACUACGGGCUAGAAACUGAGAACCUUCGCACCCUGUCCCACAAAUUGAACGCCUCGGCCAAAAACCUGCAGAACUUCAUCCUGGGGCGGCGGAGGGGCGGGCACUACGACGGGCGAGCAUCCAGGCGAUUACCCAACGACUUUCUCACCUCUGUGGUAGACCUCAUCGGGGCGGCCAAAAACCUGCUGGCAUGGCUAGACAGGUCUCCAUUCGCCAGUGUGACAGAGUACUCAUUACUGAAGAACAACAUCGUGCAGCUUUGUCUAGAAUUAACCACCAUUGUACAACAGGAUUGCACUGUGUAUGAAACGGAGAACAAAAUCCUCCAUGUGUGUAAAACCUUAGCAGGGAUAUGUGACCACAUCAUCUCCCUCUCGUCGGACUCUCUGGUGUCUCAGUCUGCUCAUCUGGAGGUGGUCCAUCUCACCAGCAUCUUACCAAACGAAGGCCUGGGGAUGUACAUCAAAUCCACUUAUGAUGGACUCCAUGUUAUCACCGGCACCACAGAGAACUCUCCAGCCGACCAGUGCAAGAAGAUCCACGCGGGUGACGAGGUGAUCCAGGUCAAUCAUCAGACAGUGGUGGGCUGGCAGUUGAAGAACCUGGUGAACGCUCUGAGAGAAGAUCCAUGCGGAGUCAUCCUCACUCUGAAGAAAAGACCUCAGAACACGCUGAGCUCCACCCCUGCGCUGCUACGAAACGUGCGCUGGAAGCCCCUCGGCCUGCAGCCCAUCCCCACCAGCCCCACGAGCACCUCUCCCACCCCAGGCGGGACACUGGGAAUGUCCAAAAUGGACGCCCCAAGUAUGCAGGACGUGUACAUCCUGUCCCCUGUGUCUGGACUCUACGGCACCAGGGAGGAGCUGGGCCUCAUGUCCUGUGACGACAUCAGCCGCUACAGCUCCCAGCCUGGCUCCAAAGGGUCUGAGGCCGUGAGCUACUAUCUGGACCAGGAGAGUGGGCAGUACUUCUCUCUGCUCGAAGGAGAGGGACCCCCAGGACCUGAUUAUGACCGAGGACGAAACACAGGGGUCCGCAGAAGAGACAAGACCCCCACCCAUGGUGACCACAGACCCGUUUCCAUGCCUCCCGAAUAUAACUGGAUGGCCGAGCCCAAGGAACCAAGCAUGGGCAAGAGAGGGAGCAGAGAUUCAGAUAACUCCCUGCUGCGUUACCUGAGCGAUGAUAAAAUCCUGGUGAUCGAGGAGGAGCCUGAGGGCCCGGGGAGAGAGAGCAGAAGAGACUCCACCAGACGCUCCAGACGCAAGAGCAGAAACCCCAGCAGCCCCAGCUACCCCCUCAGCCCCUCCCUCCUCUCCUCCACCCUGCGCCUCGACCAGCCUCUUGACGCACUCUCUCGAGGGGCGGACACCCUGCGGGCGGACACUACGGACAGGUACUCGGGGUCCAGCAGCUCAGGAGCAGCCUCUAUGCGAAAGUCAUUUCAUUACACCUCUCUACGGACAAAAACCAAAAAGAAAAAAGGCUCUCUGACCAGUGCGAGUCGAAGGAGGAUCUCGUGUAAAGACCUGGGCCACGGGGACUGUGAGGGCUGGCUCUGGAAGAAGAAAGACGCCAAAGGAUAUUUCACUCAGAAGUGGAGGAAGUACUGGUUUAUCCUCAAGGAAUCCUGUCUCUACUGGUACACCAAUCAGAACGACGAGAAGGCUGAGGGCUUCAUCAGUCUUCCAGAGUUCAGAAUAGACAGAGCUAUUGAGUGCCGGAGGAAAUUCGCCUUCAAAGCCUGCCAUCCCAAAAUCAAGAGCUUCUUUUUCGCCACAGACUGUCUUGAGGAAAUGAACAGAUGGAUGAACAGACUAGGGCUGGCUGCCAUUGGCUACACACCCGAUGACCCUGUGCCACGUCCAGACGAAGACUAUUGGAGUGAGAGUGACCAGGACGACGUGGAUGGGUCCAUGACUCUGAAACAGGAGGUUCCCUCGUCCAUGUGCGACACCUAUCACCGCACGCCAUCAGUCAACUCCUCCAGCCCCUUUCCUGAGCCUAAACACGGACGCCACUUCUCCAGCGAAUCCACGCACUCCCACUCUUCGGCGGAGGACCAGAGGGGAGAUGGGAUGGGAAUGGGGACCGGGACAGGGAGCACCAGUACACAUUCGUCUGGCUGCCGCUCAUCACACCGCGAGAGGCGCUCGUGGCAAGACCUGAUAGAGACCCCACUAACCAGCGCUGGGCUUCACUUCCUCCAAACAGCGCCAGGGGAGACAGACUACGGUCACAUGGGGACAAUGGCGGCGGAUAUGGGCAUCUAUGGCGGCUUAGGGAGGCAGGGUAUGUCUCCAGAGAGGCGCAGGCAGGCCACACUCCCCGUCCGGAGACACCACGCGGCCGAGAGGGACAGGGAGAGAGAUGGGCCCUUCCCUUUGGAGAGGGGUCCACACACUCACAGCCACACACACAGACGCUCGUCUCAUAAGCAGAGGAGCCAGAGCCUGCCCCGGAACAGAGACCCUAUGCCCGGGAAGCUGCUGCACACCAGCGCCGCCCAUGUGGAGGAGAGGAGCGAAGACGAGGACGGGGACAGCCAGGCAGACAUGCUGGAGGCAGAGGAGGACCUGCGUGAGCUGCGAGUGGAGAGCAGAGAGAGGAGAGUGUCCGAGGGGCGGGAGAGGCGAGUCUCGGAUGGCCGGGACCCCCUGGAGAGCCUGGACGGUCUGGAGCAGCUGUACAGGGCCCUGGAGCAGGCCAACGUGACAGCUCUGGGAGACCCCCGCCCCAGCAGCAGACAGGACCUGAGACGCUGCUUCACACACAGAGCCAGAGACCCCCUCCUCAAUGACAGACUGCACCGAGUCAGGGCUCUGAGGAGCACACUCAAGGCCAAAGAGUCGGAGCUGGCUGUAAUCUGUGCUCUGCUGGAGGAGCCUGGACUGUCCUCACAAACCUUCAGAGAGUGGAAACAGUGGCACAGCGACCUCUUCUCAGACAUCUGUCAACUCAGCCCCGGAUCCAAUGGACAGGACGACCUCUCGCCACUGGGGGCUCCACUCAUGACCCACACACACUCCUUCAUUGAGACGCACGUGUAA